ACCACCACCUGCAGAUUGUUUUAAUAUUUGGCUUUCAUUGUUUAUCUCCACCUCCCUAAAGCUUCCCAGGCUGAUUUAUAGGAAAACUUAUCCAGCUUUCUGUCUCUGACCAGGCUGUCACAUCCACAGCUUUGUCUCCCAUUUGGGAUAGUCACAUCCCUGAUUUUCACCCCUCUGUUCAACCAGGAAUUCCAGGUUUCCCCAGCAGCAGGCACUGUGCCCUGUGCUGAAGUGUCCCUAGGGAAUAAGGGAAUGCAGGCUGCUGCCAUCCUGAUGCUGUUGUAGGAGUUUAUGAACUAUUCCUUGGGAAUAAACACAGAUGGCUUCAUGUGGAACUGGGAAAGAUUUGUAUAGGACUCUUCUGAGCAAUGAUAUUUUGGUUACACUGAAGUAAAUUCCCACUGGGAGUUUCUUGUGUGGUCUGCACACAGCUGGUGGAAGGAUCCUGCUGGCUCCGCCUGGGCACACAGAGCCAGCUGGGCUGGUGUGUGGGUAAGGAAAUCUUCUAGAGCCUCCAACACCUGGAGGCAGGCACAGCUUUGAAGCUCCAGAGGAACAAGCUCAGGCUCCGCUGUGACGUCAGCUUUGACGUGGCCCUGGUUGAGAAACGUUGGGUUUGAACCACUGAAAGUGCCGAUCCUGAGCUGCUCUCCAGCUCUCUCCUCUUCUGUGCCUGCUCACACUGGAACUGCUCUGUCUGGGGAUUUGGCCAACGCUGCUUUAAGUGGAGAGCAGCAGAAAAUCCUGGAAAGAGCCGCAUUUUCCCGGUGCUGUGGUUCCCUACAGCUGCUGGGAUUGCUGUUUGGUGCAGUGGCAGCUCCUCUCUGUGUGGGGGCCCCAUCUCCUCAGAAAGAAGUGCUCCAGGCUGCAGGAGGGCAAAACAUGGGCUUCUCCCUGCCUGCAGCACCAGGAGGAGCCUGCUGAGCGAGCACAGGGGCAGGACAAGUGAGCUGCUCUGGGAUGAUGCCCUGGGUGCUUCUGCAUGGCUGUGGAAUAAGGUGCAGUUGACAAGCAAGGCUGGGGAAGCUGUGGAAGGAAAGAGCCCAGAGGAGAACAAGGAAUACAGCGUAGCCAGCUGGAGCUUUCCUUGGAAGACACACACCCAGGGCUGAAAGGAUGAAGGGAACGUAAUUCAGCACAUUCCUUUGGAGCAGCAGUUGUUCUUCUGGCUGACAGAGGGACCAGAAAAAAUGGUGAUCAACAUAUAAUCUCCACAGCUAUGGCUGAGAAGUGCAGUUAAGGCACUCACUCUGGGACUCUUCAGCAGCUCUGCCAGAGUAUGAGGAAGGCUCAGAAGUCCAUCUCUGCCUUGAGUGAAGUUUGACAGAAAAUGGUCCAGCAGCUUUGUCUCUGGAAAUGGUUCACAGUGGGGACGGCACUCGCUGCUGUCCUGGCAUGGGCUCUGGCCCAGAAUGAUGAAGAUUGCAAGUUGGCCAGAACAGGUCCUCCAGCCACAAUAGUUCCCAUUGACGAGGAGAGUCGCAACGGCACUAUCCUGGUUGACAACAUGCUGAUCAAAGGGACAGCAGGAGGUCCUGACCCCACCAUUGAGCUCUCCCUGAAGGACAACGUGGAUUACUGGGUGAUCCUGGACCCCAUCAAGCAGACCUUGUACCUGAACAGCACCGGCCGGGUGCUGGACAGAGAUCCGCCCGUGUCCAUCCAGUCCAUCGUGGUGCAGGUGCAGUGUGUGAACAGGAAGGUGGGCACCAUCAUCAACCACGAGGUGCGCAUCGUGGUGCGCGACCGCAACGACAACUCCCCGCAGUUCCAGCAGCAGCGCUACUACGUGGCCGUCAACGAGUUAACUCCAGUUGGAACAACCAUCUUCACAGGAUUUUCUGGAAACAAUGGUGCUAUUGACAUUGAUGAUGGUCCCAAUGGCCAGAUAGAAUAUGUCAUCCAGUACAAUCCUAAUGACAAGACUUCCAACAGGACCUUUGAUAUUCCUCUCACUUUGUCCGGAGCAGUAGUUCUGAGGGAAAGACUAAAUUAUGAAGAAAAGACUCGUUAUUUUGUCAUUGUGCAAGCAAAUGACCGAGCCCAAAACCUGAACGAGCGGAGGACGAGCACGACCACCCUGACCGUGGACGUGCUCGAUGGGGACGAUUUGGGACCAAUGUUCCUUCCCUGUGUGCUGGUGAACAACACCCGGGACUGCAGACCCCUCACCUACCAAGCCAGCCUGCCAGAGCUGACAGACCCUGCCCGUGUGAAUCCCAUCAGUGUCACUCCACCCAUCCAAGCCAUAGACCAGGACCGAAACAUCCAGCCUCCUUCUGAUCGACCUGGCAUCCUCUACUCCAUCUUAGUUGGUACUCCUGAGGAUUAUCCCCAGUAUUUCCAUAUGAAUCUCACAACGGCUGAACUGACGCUCCUCAAGCCAAUAAAUAGGGAUUUGCACCAGAAGUUUGACUUGGUUAUUAAGGCUGAACAAGACAAUGGCCAUCCUCUCCCUGCCUUUGCCAAUCUCCACAUCGAGAUCCUGGAUGAGAACAACCAGAAGCCUUAUUUCACAAGAUCUACGUACGAGGGCUUCAUCCUGGAAUCCUCCCCGGUGGGAACAACCAUCUCGGAUAACCGGAACCUGACCUCCCCCCUGCAGGUCGUGGUGCUGGACAACGACGUGGAGGAGACCAAGGAUCCACAGCUCCAUCUCUUCCUGAAUGACUACACCACGUUUUUCACUGUGACCCAGAGUGGCAUCACCCGCUACCUCACCCUGCUGCAGCCCGUGGACAGGGAGGUCCAGCAGCUCUACACCUUCUCUAUGACAGCUUCUGAUGGAGUCCAGGAGAGUGUCCCAGUGACUGUCAACAUCAUGGUGAUUGAUGCAAAUGAUAAUUCCCCAACCUUCUCCAACAUUUCCUACAAUGUCAAGAUCUAUACAGAUAUGAAGCCUGGGGAAGGUGUUAUAAAGCUGACGGCCGUGGACGCAGAUGAGGGAGCCAAUGGGCAGAUAGUGUACGAAAUCCUGGCUGGGGAUCAGGGGGACUUCACCAUCAACAAGCACACGGGCCUGAUCACCAUCGCUCCAGGGGUGCUGCUGGUCGUGGGGCGCUCCUACGCCCUCACCGUCAGAGCGUCUGACAGUGCCCCCCCUGCACAGAGAAGGAGCUCCAUCACCACUGUUUACAUCGAGGUGCUGCCUCCCAACAACCAGAGCCCCCCACGCUUCCCACAGCUGAUGUACAGCCUGGAAGUCAGCGAGGCCAUGAGGAUCGGCGCUGUUCUGCUAAACCUGCAGGCUUUCGAUAGAGAGGGCGACCCCAUCAAAUACCUCAUUCAGAAUGGAGAUCCUCAGCAAGUGUUUAAUCUCUCUCAGAGCUCUGGCCUGCUGGCCUUGGGAAAGCCCCUGGACAGAGAGAGCACUGACCGCUACAUCCUCAUCGUCACGGCCUCGGACGGCAGACCCGACGGGACUUCGACUGCUACUGUCAAUAUAGUGGUGACAGAUGUCAAUGACAACGGACCAGUUUUUGACAUGUUUCUCCCCAAAAACCUCUCUGUGCAGGAGGAGGAAGCCAAUGCUUUUGUUGGUCAAGUAAGGGCUACAGAUGCAGAUGCCGGGGUUAAUGGGCAAGUCCAUUACAGUCUGGCCAACUUCAACAACCUUUUCCGGAUUACCUCCAACGGCAGCAUUUACACGGCAGUGAAGCUGAACAGGGAAGUGAGGGAUCACUACGAGCUCAUCGUGGAGGCGACCGACGGAGCUGUGGACCCCCGGCGCUCCACGCUCACCCUGGCCAUCAAGGUGUUGGACAUUGAUGACAACAGCCCCGUGUUCACCAACGCCUCCUACACUGUCUGUGUGCCAGAGAAUCUCCCACCAGGAACUGUCUUCCUGCAGCUGGAGGCCAAGGACGUGGACCUGGGUGCAGAUGUGAACUAUCGCAUCCGCACUGAGGAAGCCCGGCAGCAUUUUGCCCUGAACAAGCACACAGGAGAGCUGUCACUCCGGAAAUCCUUGGAUUAUGAAUCCUUCUCUGACACAGAGGCAACCUUCACCUUCCUCGUGGAAGCCUUUGACAGCAAGGGCACCAUGCCACCUGGGCUGGCCACUGUCACCGUCAGAGUCAAGGAUAUGAAUGAUUACUCUCCAGAGUUCAGCCAGAAGCUCUACAGGGGAAUGGUUGCUCCUGAUGCAGUCAAGGGCACCGUUAUCACCACGGUCUCAGCUGAGGAUCGGGAUCCCCCGGGCACCCCAGCAAGUCGGGUUCGCUACAAGGUGGAUGUUGUCCAGUUUCCCUACAGUGCCAGCAUUUUUGAUGUGGAGGAAAACUCUGGAUGUGUCGUCACCCGAGUGAACCUCAAUGAAGAGCCCAGCACAGUGUUCAAGCUGGUGGUCAUUGCCUACGAUGAUGGGGACCCAGUGAAGUUCAACACCACCACAGUGGAAAUUGCAGUGCUGCAGCCCUCAGUCAUCCCACGCUUCACACAGGAUGAAUACAGGCCUCCCCCAGUGAGUGAAAGUGCCCCAAAGGGAACUGUGGUCACCGUUGUCACCGCGGCCGCCUUGAACCAGACAGUGGUGUACUCCAUUGUGUCAGGGAAUGAAGAGGAUGUGUUUGCCAUUAACAACAGAACAGGAGUGAUCUCUGUGAAAAAGCCUCUGGACUAUGAAAGUGUCCAAAGUUAUGAGCUCCGAGUGCAGGCAGACUCCCUGCAGGUGGUGAGAUCCAACCUGCGGGUCCCCUCCAAAAGUAAUACAGCCAAGGUCUUUAUUGAGGUGAAGGAUGAAAAUGACCACGCGCCUGUGUUUACCAAAAAAAUGUACAUUGGAGGGGUUUCUGAAGAUGCCAGAAUGUUUUCUUCUGUGCUUAAAGUGAAGGCUGAUGAUAAGGACACUGGGAACUACAGUGCCAUGCAAUACAGGCUCAUCAUUCCCCCCAUCAAGGAUGGCAAGGAGGGCUUUGUGAUCGAGGCUUACACGGGGCUGAUCAAAACUGCCAUGCUCUUCAAAAACAUGAGGAGAUCCUAUUUCAAGUUCCAGGUCAUUGCCACUGACGAUUACGGCAAAGGACUGAGCAGCAAAGCAGAAGUGCUAGUCUCUGUGGUCAAUCAGUUGGACAUGCAAGUGAUUGUCUCCAACGUUCCUCCCACCCUCGUGGAGCAAAACAAAGACCAACUCAUUGGGAUUUUGGAACGCUACGUCCAAGACCAGAUUCCGGGGGCGACAGUCGUGGUGGAAUCCAUCGGAGCACGGAGGUUUGGGGAUGGAUAUUCUGAGGAGGAUUACACCAAGUCUGACCUCAUGGUCUACGCCAUCGACCCACAAACCAACAGAGCCAUCAUGAGGAACGAACUUUUUAAGUUCCUGGAUGGCAAACUGCUGGAUAUCAACAAGGAGUUCCAGCCCUACCUGGGCCAGGGCGGGCGAAUCCUGGAGAUCCGCACGCCGGACGUGGUGGCCAACGUGAAGAAGCAGGCGCAGGCCGUGGGCUACACGGAGGGGGCACUGCUGGCCCUGGCUGUCAUCAUCAUCCUGUGCUGCAUGCCAGCCAUCCUCAUCGUCAUGGUCAGCUACCGGCAGCGACAGGCUGAGUGUGCCAAGACUGCGAGGAUUCAGAUGGCUCUGCCCGCAGGAAAACCAGCCGGAGCCGCGGCCAACAACCUCUAUGAGGAGCUUGGAGACAGCACCAUGCGAGGAUAUGCACAGCAAGAGCAACAGCAGUUGCUGAGACCUUCUCUUCUCAGACCAGAGGAGUUGAGUAUGGAGUCUGGAAUUGAUCCAGGGCAGGAAUACUAUGGCCAGGAUUACUACAGUUACGAGCACGGGUACGAGCUGCCGCAGUACGGGAGCCGCCGGCGCCUGCUGUCCCCGUCGGGAAUGUAUGACGAGUACGGCGAGGUCGUGGUGGAGAGCGACGGUGGCUACUACUACAGUCCCCACGGGCCAGCAGCUGAGGAGGGCAUGAGUCCAGUCAGAGGCCCUCCCAGCAGAGGUAUAAGCCAGGCAGCAGGGCCUCAAAUGGAAGGGGGACCUGUAGGUGUUGGGAUGGACCUCAGUCGUGGUCCUGGAAGAGGAUUUAGAAGCAGCCAGGGAAAAAGGAGGCUAAAGGGAGUGAUGCAUUUAAGUCGCGUGGCAGUCAGUGCCCACAAACCUGUAGGAAGAGCUGAGUCUGCCCAUUCCCGGUGGAAGAAAGCAAAGAUAUUCCCAAUGAUCCUGCAGAAAGUGAAAGGCAGGAAAGAUUCCAGCUAUGCCAAGCUGCUGUCAGCUCGCCAAGUGGAUGGGGACAAACCCAUGAUGAUCAGGGGAAGCUACUUCCAGAAAUCCAUGGAUGACAGGCCCUCCAUGAGAAAACUAAACCACGUGUUGAAGCGCAUCAGCGUCUCCAAGAAAUUCCAGGAGGGCCUCGGCAAGGAUUUGGCACGGGGAGAGGGAGGGUCUGAAAGGGAUGAAGCCAAGUCGGGAGUUUCAAUCAGUAUCACAGCAGAGAGUGAGCAGGAGGACAGCGACCAUGAGAAGAGGAGGAAGAAGAGGAGAAGGCGCACCUCGGAUGAGUCCUCUGAGAAGAGCAGCAGCUCUGGCUCUGAGUCAGAAGACAAAGACUACUUGAAAAUAACCCUGGAUCAGGAUGAGGCCACAGAAAGCACUGUGGACUCAGAUGAGGAAACUGGGGAUGUGGGGGAUUCCGAUGAGGACUCUGAAUCCAGUUCCAGCAGUGAGUCGGAGGAGGACUCGUCAGAAGAGGACGAUGAUGAGGAAGACUCUGAGAGUGAUGAGGAUGGCAGCCUGUCCAAGAGCUCAUCCACACGGAGCUCCUACAGCAGGUCAGGGACCAGUGAGUCCAGCAGCAGGAGAAGCACAGAUAUGUCCAGUGUGAAAAGCAGGGCAGGCAGUUCCUGUGGCAAACGCUCCAGCCAGAAAUCCGUGAGCUCCACUGCCUCAGGUAGCGACAGGGACACGAGCUACAAGAAAACCUCGGGAUCCAGCUACAAGAGCAAAACAUCUUCUGCCAGUGUGGAGAUAGAGGACACCAUAGAAGAGGUGUCAGAAGAAGAGGAAGAGGCAGAGGAGACAGCAGAUAGCUCAAACAAGGCGGUUUCUAAAACUGCCAAUGCAAAAGCUGUGGCUGCUGGAGGGGGCAAGGAAAGACAAUCAGCUGCUCCUGGUGAGGACAGUGAGGAGGAAAGUGAAGAAGAGGUUGAUCCAGAGGACAGUGAGGACACUGCCAGUAAGAAUGAAUCUUCUUGCCUAGACAGUGAAAUCAGUGCGACUUCCAAGGGUACCACAGGGACAAAAAGCUCAGGUAGUGCCACGUCUGGGAAAACUGCCACGUCCCCCGAGACUGAGACUCAGAGCUCUGACACCAACAGGAAAGGAAUGAAAACAAGGAAAAAGUGGGCCAAAAAGAAGAGGAUCAAGUUGGUGGUGGACCCGGAGUACGAGACCAGCUCCACGGGCGAGGAGAGCGCUGCCGACUCCAGCCAGAGGAACCGGCUGAGCAACCCCGCCUUCCAACCCAACGGCAGCAGCAACAUCUACGUGGCCCAGAACGGCUCUGUGGUCCGCACCCGCCGCGCCUGCCUGGGCAAUAACUUAAAAGUCACGUCCCCAGUGAGGCUGGGGAAGCAGUUCAAGAAACUGGACAAGCUGGCGGUGACACACGAGGAGAGCGUCCCGCUGAACACGUUGUCCAAGGGACCAACCCCCAGUGACAAAAUGAACUCCAGGCCAUGCAGCGUCUCCUUUUCCUCUACUAUAGGGGCCGAAAGUGUAGUGACAAAGGCUGGGGUGGCCAAACUGAAAAGCACAGAUGAGCAGGAAUCGGUUGUUGACCACGAGGAAGUCAAGGAGCCCUUGGAGUCACACAGUGAACACACACAGUCUGACGAGGAGGAGCUCUGGAUGGGCCCUUGGAACAACCUCCACAUACCAAUGACAAAACUGUGAUUUUAGUUGAUUUUUUUUUAUUUUGGUUUUUACUUCGGUUUAUAAUAAACUGCGCUUUUUAUUGUCACCCAGGGGCAGACGUACGGAGUUUGUAUGGUGCACAUCCGUUGUCCAUGACAAACGGCACGCUUUAAAAUUCCCAGACAAAAUUUGCACUCACAUUUGGACCGAUCCAUUGUCCUCCCCAGUUUUGACAGGCUCCCAUUUCACUAAACACUACUUGGUUUCAAUUAAUGAGUUCUUUUUGGAUCUGGAGUUCUUGAUUAAUAAACAGUAAACUACUAAUAAAUGCACAGCCCCCAUUGGUUUAACCCUCCAGACAGUUCUAUACCUGCCUGGCUUUGUUUUUCUGUAUGGUACUUGUGGCUCUGCUGUCUAGAUUUGGGAAUUGUCUGUUUAUGUUCAAGAUUGAUAUCCAGAGCUCUGCCUUCUGACCUCAGAGUAAUAAAUUAAAAAUAAACCCAUCCAAGUCAAUGGAGCAAAUCCUCGGCUGCUGCUGGAAUUUCAGUCCCAGUUCCAAAGUCAGAGCAAUUUAUGCAAACAGCGCCCAGCUGACAAAGUUAUGGAAUCAAAGUUCCUGAGAUUACAGCACUGCCACUUAGAAAAGUGCAAGAGAAGCUGAAAUAAGAUAAAAAUUGCAAAAGAGGAAGGCAAUGUGUACCAAUUAAUCUUAUUCAGAGCUACCUGGCCGUGGUUUGUUCAUUUUCUUUUGUAAAAUAGCUCAUUCCAAUUUUCUUCUCCAGUCAAUUUUUCAUCUUUUCAUCUCUUCCCACAUUAGUUCUGUUUGCUUCUUUCCAUGGUCUUUAGCUCCAGCUUUUGUGCUUUAUCAGUAAUGUCAUCCUAUGGCUGUAUUCCUCUGGAAUAAAGCAGGAUGAUCCAUGAGCCUGUGAUAGUGGGAGGCACUAAAGAGGAGUUAAUGGGAAGAGGAUGGAUCCAUUCCCAAGCCAGGCUGGCUGGUGGGUUAAGCAGUGCCAUCACCAUUCCACUUUGAUAACUGAACACAAACAUGCUGAAAAGACAAAUGGAUCCCACAGGGAAGAGGAGAAAAAGGGAAUAUUUUAUGAGGUCAACGUGCACAGACAGAUCUGGGAAGGGCAAAGGGUCUCAGGACACACACACAGAGUUGUUUCCAAAACUUUUAGUUCCUAUUACCUGUGAAAUACACAACAUAAAUUUAGGCACCUAAUUACAAUUCCUGAAUUUUGUCAGAAAAAUGGUUUUGAGUGCGAAGUUUUGAGUGUGUUGUCACAGCUUGGGCAGGGAGCUGAGAAUUUUCACUAUUUGGUGUCACCAACACCCAAAAAAGACAAAGAAAAGUGGUUUUCUCCAGUAUGAAGCAGCAAAAGAAAAAAAAAAAAAAAAAACAGAACCACAUUUACAUGAGAAAACUGUCCUGUUGUGUUAUGCAAACUUUUUUGGGGUAAAACCAAACCAAUUGUGAGAACAACCUGGAUUCCUCUGGAAAGACUGGAAGAGCCAACAGAUAAAUGUGUGUAAUUAGCAAGGAAGAGAUUGGCACCACCAUUCUCUUCCCUUUCAGCUGCUGAGGCUCACCACCAGCUCUGGGUGAGGAUGGAUCUGCUCUGGGGGUAAAAGGACUUUGUGCUGCUGUGGCUGUGUUGGGUUUCCCUUUGCCCAGGUUCUCCCCCAGCAGAUCCCUGGGAAUGUUUGUCUUUGGGAGCUGUCUGAAUGUAGUGUCGAUGUGACUUCUCUGUCCAAUACCUCCUUCUCAAGCUGAGGUUUCUGACCAAAUAUUUUGAGCAAUGGUGCUUGUUUUCAGGCAAGAGAAAUGCACUGUAGCCUCUCACAUGUGGGGAAAACAAUCCCACCAGAUGUUUCUUUGCCCUAAUUCCUAUUUUUUGGCAUAUUUGCACUUGGGACCGGCGCUAAAACAGCUGUUUGGAGUUAAGCUGGAGGCUGGACAUACAGAUAAGACUGAUGGAAGAAAGGAAAAAAAAUCUAUUCUUUGAAAUAACGAGUAAAAUGUUAUAUUUUAA